AUGCACAUUCAGCAACAAUCAACCCGACCAGAAACGAAGCAAGAUCCAGAAGGACCUACUGCAGUCGUCGGCGGAAAUAUGUAUCCGGUUGUUAAUGAAAAUGCAUUAUUGAAUAGUUUCAAUCAACAACAACAACCACCCAUCAUGAUGAACCCAUAUUAUUACUACAAUAAUCAACCCACACACAUAACCCCGAUGCCAUCUUCCUCCUCUUAUGUUUAUCAAACGAAUCCAUAUGUCAAGGCUUCAGCUCCAAUCAUGUUUGAUCCCUAUCAUCAAUAUUAUAUGGUUCCAAAUCCUUACCAUCAACACAUGAAUCAAUUCCCAUCCAACGCCUCAACAACCACAUGUACAACGACAUUAAUAGAAAAUCCGAAUGUACCAAAGAAGAACGAAGAAGAAAAACCCUACUUUGUACAUACUUUGAACAAACAUACAGACACCUUGACCAAACUUGCAUUAAGAUUUAAUUGUACAGAAGAAGAUAUCAAAAUGCUCAACAAUCUCCUUUGUGAUGAUUUAGAUUUGUAUGAACACGACACCAUUCUCAUUCCAAAACGUGAAGUUCAAUUCAUUAAGGAAAAUUAUGAUCUAGAAGAGACAAAGCGUGCCACUGAACGACAACGAUCUCUCAUGGUUUCUAAUUUUGCCAAAUUGCACAAAGUUUCCAUAGAUGAGGCUCGUACCUAUCUUGAAAUGCAUGAUUGGAAAUCGAAAGAAGCACGAGAGGAGUUACUGAAAGAUCAAGCUUGGGAGAAACAAACCAUGGGUAAGGUGUUAUCACCAAGUCAUUUUGCUUCUUCUACCAGUAGUACGAGAGCAACCACAACUUCUUCACAAAGAGGCCACUCGACAAAUUCAACAACGACUCGUCGAGCACCACCAAGAAAUUCCAAUUAUGCCAACUACUCGUAUGAAAUGGCUGAUAUGAAGUAG